AAUAAGUUGGCCAGAAGCAGUUGUGAGGCGUUGGCGUGUUUAGCGGGCUUCAGAGAGGGAACUCCAGACAACGACGGAGUGCAGAACAGUUUGAGGGCGAUGCUGACACCGUUCAUUUGCAGACAGAUGCGAGAAAAUAAGAAUAAUGACUUGGUGCUGAAAUUGUUGAACAGCAAUUCGGAAGAUCCGUAUUUGAUAUGGGAUAACGCAACACGUGCAGAGCUCUUGGAGUUUGUCGAGUAUCAUCGAACGUCGAAUACAAAUUCGAGUGAACUGUUUGGUGCUGAAUUUCGGCUAUCGAUAUAUGCAGAUGAGCUGGUCGUCGGCGAUAUAUUCGUACGCAUUUAUAAUGAACAGCCCAAUUUUACACUUCUUAUUGCAUCAUCGGAAGAUGGUAUGAAGCAAAUAGCGAUGUGCCUUGAAGCGUUGGCGAAUCUUUUAGUUGCAAAUCCAGGUUGGUUUUUAUUGGUAGUGGUGGUAGUGGUGAAAUUUUAG